UUUUAAAGUCUUGCACAGAAGUUACGUGAACACUUGGCGCUAGUGAAAGCCGAACGUCGGCCCAAGACGGUAAAGCCAGCAGUGAAAAAAACAAUGAUAUAAUACAGUUUUUUUAAGUUUUUACUUGUCUAAGGCGAACAGUGUUUCCCAAUAUUAACGAUCCGUAAUAUUGUGGAAGAAGUUUCGUCGCCUUAAAAAAACAAAAGAAAAACAAAAAUGUGUGAAAAUAUAGAAAACUUAAAAAACAUGGAGUGUCUUAACGGCAAUGAUCUGUUAUCACCGAAUUUCAACGAAAUCGGCACUGAACAUUUCAACCAGGCGUAUCCUGAGGAACGGAUUGCCGAUUAUUUCCAUAACUCCAUCAUCCUCGUCACUGGUGGCACCGGCUUCGUCGGCAAGGCUUUACUGGAGAAGCUUCUCAGGAGUUGCCCUGGGAUCAAUACCAUCUACAUCCUGAUGAGGCCCAAGCGCGGCCUUAGCGUGGACCAGAGGUAUAAGGAAUUGUUGAAGAAUCAGGUUUUCGAUCGCAUCAGGGCGAAGUGGCCUGAACGUUUGAGCAAGCUGUACCCCAUCACCGGCGACGUGUCGGCCCCCAACCUGGGGGUCAGCGCAGACCAGCAGUUGCUGCUGAAGAAAUGCCACACCAUUUUCCAUUCGGCGGCAACGGUGAAGUUCACUGAACCUCUCCAUGCUGCGACUACCUUGAACGUACAAGGGACUGCUACACUGUUGAAGUUGGCUGAAGAUAUGCCGUUACUUAAAGCCCUGGUCCACGUAUCGACAGCAUACAGCAAUGCGCCCAGAAGUUACAUAGAAGAGAGAGUAUAUCCCCCACCCUACGACCCGGAGAGCAUUGUGAAGUGUACCAAGAUGCUGCCAGCUGAAACCGUCAAUAUUAUUGCUGAAUCUUUACAGGGUGACCAUCCAAACCCAUACACAUUAACGAAAUCGCUCGCGGAGUCCAUAGUUUACAGCCAUACGGAACUGCCCGUCUGUAUCAUCAGACCUUCAAUAGUAACGGCUGCCUUCCAGGAGCCAUUCCCUGGAUGGAUCGAUAACGUUUACGGAGUUACAGGUAUAAUAAUGGAGAUAUCGCGUGGUACGUACCGGUCCGGGUACUGUCGUGAGCGGUACGUGGUAGACCUGGUACCGGUUGAUAUGGUUGUCAACAGCUGCAUUUUAGCUGCUUGGAGACAAGGCUCAAAGAAACCGGGCCACUGUCCAGUUUACAAUGUCACAUCUGGAUCAAUAAAUCCACUUCAAUGGGGACAUUUUACAAAACUCUGCGUCAAAUGGGCACGGGAGAACCCAACAAAGUAUGUUAUGUGGUAUCCAAACUUCGCUUUUACGGAAUCUCGGUUCGUUAAUACAUUUUGGGAAGUAUCUUGCCACUUUUUACCGGCUUUCCUUUAUGAUUUACUGCUCCGAGCACAGGGUAGAAAAGCUAUAAUGAUGAAACUUGCACGACGAUUCAAAAUGGCAGCGGCGACUGGAGAAUAUUUUGCUAAUCACGAAUGGGAAUUCGGCGUUUCGGAGUUAACAGCUUUACACAAUGAAGCAAGUUCUGCAAGUGAUUCAAGUGCUUUCGCUCAUUGGCCUGGACAAUUUAACUGGGAUUCAUAUAUUGGCUCGUAUAUGCUUGGUAUCAGGCGGUUUAUUUUAAAAGACACCAUGGAAUCACUCCCUCAAGCAAGAAACAAAUUGAAAAGGCUGUACUGGGUACACAGACUAUUUCAAGUUGCAACAGGCUAUUAUGUUUUUAAAUUUUUAGCUGGUCGUGUACGAUAGAUUAUGAUUUAGUGAGUAACUAAAAUAAGCGACCUCAAAAUAAGUAUAAAAAUAAUACGUAUUAUACGAGAAAAUUGAAAAGAGACAUUUUGUGUACCUACUAUGUUCUGUAAAUAAUAAUUAUGUUUCUAAUCUAUCUGUCAUAUUAAUUUCACUAUAUCUGACCUGCGGUUUCACCCAUUAUAAAGAAAAAAUUAAACCACUAAACAAACUUCCUUAGUGAUUGAUUUGUCAGAUACAAAACUUUUUGUUAAUUCCAACAUGUAGUUGCAUGUUCAAAAAAACAAUCUCUUAAAGAAAUUCUCAAGUUCUUCAACUUUAUUUUGGAAUAGACUACAUAAUUUUCCUAUAGUUUAGCGUUUAAUGUUGACUAAACUACAUUUAUGCCUAAUAUCAAAAUAAUAACUGUUUGGAUUAAAAUACUUGUAAAUAACAUAUACCGAAUCUAAACGUAAUACAUACUAUAAAAUACCUAAAAUGUUCUUCAAGCCUUAUAAAUAAUCAAAACGAAGCAGUCUUUAAUAAAUUCGAUAUUACAUACACGAUAAUAAUACAAAAGUAUCUAAUUAAUUUUAAGUAAGAUAGAAAUUUAGAUUAUUUUAGUACAGAUCACCAAAUGGCACAAAAUAUUAAUAAAUUACCAUAAUAAUUAUUGUUACACAAAGACAAGAAGGCACUUAGUUUUCAAUAAGUGACUUAAAAGGUAAUUUUACUCUGAAUAAUAUAAAAAAUAUCUUUGGGUGGGUAUGAUAUUACAACUGUAACAGGAUUUAAAAGCAACAUGGAAAUUAUCUAAUUAAUAUUUCUAUAACGAGACAUAAACAAAAAUAUAUCUAUAUAUUAUUUAGUAACUCUAGUCGUUAAUAAGGAUUCUGGAGUCCCAGGUCUCAGGCAAAAAUAUUUUAACAAACAAAAAAAAUUGGAGAAUCGUAAGAAAAUUAUCGGACAUGCAGGAUUUCAAAACAAAUGUAAAAUGUCUUUCAUUAGAGCACGCUAGUGAGAAAAAAACAUGUAUGUAACAUGUACUUAACCAAAAAAAACCUGAAAUGGGGAGGUGCCACAAGUAUUUUUAGCAAUUUUGUGCUUGUUAAUGGAAGAUAUUACUUACUUUUUGUUGUGCAACAUGUUAAAGUGUUUUUCAGAUAGGAUGGGUACGAUGUCACUCAUCUGUAUGACUUUCAUAAUACAUAAUUCCGUGAAUCGCGGCAAACUUUCAAGAAAGAAACAAACUGUCACCGGCGCCAUCAUAUAUGAAACGAACUGUACUUAUACCUACUCAACAAAAUGUAUACAGUUCAUGUACCUAUGCUAUCUAAAAACACUUUAGUUUACUAUUCACGCUUCAAGUCAUUCUAUAGAUGUUUUUUGUGACGCAAAAUAAUUGGCUAUUAGACAGUUGUAAAUAAAAAAUGUGAAAUAUGUUGGAUAUGAUACAGGUAUAGAUAAAAAUUUAUUAUUAUACCAUAUUUUUCUUGCAUUGGAAUAUAAAUUUGAGAUUUUUUAUUUGUGACUAACAAAAACUAAAACAGUUGGUUACGCGACAUGUGUCAGCUAUGAGAUAAUUGAAUUACAUGAUAAAGAUUUAGCUGAGAAAAUAGUUAGAAUGUUAUAGUAAAGUUUGAUUUGUUUAUUAAAAUGUGACGUCAUAUCUCAUACAUGUCACGUGACCAGCUGUUUUUGUGCUGUUAAAUAUGAUUGUAUGAGGAAUAAAAUAAACUGACGAAAACUGUUAAGUAGCCAGUUAUUGUUAUUUACAAAUAAUUAAUACAUACUUAUGAUAAUUAUUAUUGUUACUUGAUAAUGAAUAUGUACAACAAAACAACAACCAAUAAAAUACGAAGAUUUCUUUUUAAAACGUACUUUCUAUCGAAAUCUACAAAAUAUACUCUAAACUAGUGAAGUUA